CUGCUCUCCCUUUCUCUUCAACCUGCCUUCUCAAUCCUUUUCACUUUCUCUCUCUACCCUCAAUUCACUCACACUCACAUCAACUUCACAUCCAUAAUUCAACUCUACUACCAUAAAAUGGCUGCGAUAUCAACAGUCUCUAUGCUUGAUUCCGACUUCGACGUUGAUAAGCUCACCUAUGAAAUCUUCUCUAUACUCGAAAACAAAUUCCUCUUCGGAUAUGAUGAACCCAAGUUCUCAAUCAACCAGAAACACACAAUUCCCGUUGAUCAAUUCAAAUCCGCCAAACCCAUUGCCGGAAAAGUCAGAAUUCUCUCCAUUGACGGUGGCGGCGCCACCGACGGCCUACUCGCCGCAAAGUCCCUCGCCCACCUCGAGUCUGGUCUCCGUCGAAAAUCCGGAAACCCAAAUGCUUGCAUUGCUGAUUACUUUGAUGUCGUUGCCGGGUCCGGUGCCGGAGGCAUCCUCGCCGCACUUCUCUUCACUAGGGGAAACGACGGUGGGCCGAUGUUUACUGCGGAGGAAGCGGUUAAAUUCGUUACCAAGAACAGGGGUAAGAUUUUCAGGUCGUCGCCGGUGGGGAUCCUCCGGCGGUUUUUCCGACCGGCGAAGGCGGAGAAGGAGUUUCGGAGGGUGUUUGGUGACUCCACGUUGAAGAACACGUUGAAGGCGGUGUUGAUUCCCUGCUACGAUCUCACGUCACGCGCACCGUUCGUGUUUUCCCGCGCUGACGCGUUGGAAAUGGACGGCUAUGAUUUCAAGAUGAGCGACGUGAGCCUGGCCACGUCGGCACAUCCGGCGGUGAUGGGGGCGGUCGAGAUGAGAUCGGUGGACGAGAGGACGAAGAUCGUGGCCGUCGGUGGUGGGGUCGCCAUGAACAAUCCGACGUCUGCCGCUAUCACGCACGUGCUCAAUAACAAACAGGAGUUCCCUUUCUGUAACGGCGUCGAGGAUCUGUUAGUUGUCUCUUUGGGUAAUGGGGAGUCAGAUUUCAGUGCUGGAGAUCUGACAUCUUCGCCGGCGGGCUUCGUUAAGAUCGCCGGAGAUGGAGCUUCCGACAUGGUUGAUCAAGCAGUUUCAAUGGCAUUUGGUGAUUCCAGGACGAGUAAUUAUGUUCGUAUUCAGGCAAAUGGAAUUGUAGCUAAAAGGUUAGAGAAAAUGAGAAAGCAAAGCAAGAAAGGUGACAUGUUGAGCAUUGCUGAAGAGAUGUUAGGUCAGAAAAAUGUGGAGUCUGUACUAUUCAAAGGGAAGAAGUUGGCUGAGAGCACAAACUUGGAGAAGCUGGAGAUGUUUGCAGGAGAUCUGAUUAAGGAGCAAGAGAGGAGAAAGACUAGCAUUUUACCGACGGUGGUUUUGAAAAAAGCGACAACAUCGCCAAGAACAUCAACUGCUACAACUCUAUCGACUUUAUCAUCAUCGUACUGAUUAGAGAAGAUAGAAAUACGUUAUUUAGUUGAGUUGAACCGUAAUGCACGUUUGUUGCCACUCGUGAUGAAUUAAGACAUUCGAGUAUGUGCUGUGCUUCUAAGCCGACCUAUAGAUGUAUUCUUUUACAUUUUUUUUUUUUUCCUUCUAUUUUCUCAUUUGUUGGUUGAGUUAUAUGUAUAUUUAUGAAAUAGUUUGAUUUUGUAAAUAGAAUUAACGAAGUGUUUGUUUACUAUUAUGAAAGUUAUAAUUAUAAGAGAGCUUCUUGGGUUGUUUAAA